AUGGGCUCGGGGAGGACGCUGAAGUUCGCCCUGUGCGAGGUGCUGCAGUUCGCGGGCAUGUGCGUGCCGCUCUUCGUCGUCAUGCAGAGGUUUGCCAUCAUCGUGGCUAAGGUUAAAAGUGUCAGGCAGCCCACCACUGAUGGAGGGGCGGCCUACUGGCUGAUCGUGGCGUCCUCCAUCGCCUACGUGACCUCCACAGCCCUGCUGGUCUGGGUCCCCUUGAAGUACAUGCUGUUUGUGAAAAAGAAAUUCCUGGUUGGGAAGAGAAAGUGGAGGCCGGUGGCACUGGUCUAUGUUAUCCUCUCAACAUUACCCUGCUUUGCUUUUCUCAUCGCCAGCUCAGAGGUGCAGAUCAGAAACAACUUAAAACACGACACCUUUACGGAGCUCCCUGUGUCGCUGGUCCUCUUCUGUCUCAUCUGCAUCGACAUUGUCGAAAGGAUUCGCCACUGUAGACUCACAGGACAGGCCAAUGACUUGGAGCGGGAUGCUGACAUCCCCACCACGGUCCUCACGAACGUGGAGCAGGUCGCUUCAGGGACGCCUGCAACGCCAGCAGCGGCCGCGGCAACAGACCCUGCCGCUGCGCCCACCACACCGGGCCAGCAGAGCGAGAAGGACCAGAACAGUGCGGGGUCACGAUCAGAGGCCAAUGGGAUUGUUUCCGGGUUUCCAGGCAAUCAGGGACGGCAGUUUAGCAUCUCGGGCAUGAGCUCACGCUCUGCCAGCAUGACGGCACAGUACCACGUGUCGCCCUACGCAUACACGGGCCCGCUGCGCUUCCUGUGUGCCAGUGACGCGAGAGCUGAGAUGUUCGUUGAGAGCUUCCUGUUCUGGAUGGAUACAGUGGAGAUGGUUAGGUCAGCAGGACACCCGGCAUUGUUCUUCUCUGGCUGGGUGUUCCCCAUAUACAUCUUCAGCUACCUGUCAUGCCUGAGGCUGGUGGCCAUGCCCCAUAGUCCCCUAUUAUCAUCCCUAGGCGUGGCCCUCCAGGACCUGCCCUUUCUGUUCAUCCGUAUUGGCCUCAUAGCCUUUUUUGGCUUCAUCACACCACUUCUGUACCUGAUGAAGAACUUGCUGGUCUGCUUGGCCUUUAUUUACUUCAACUUCAUGACCAAGCUGAGAAUCUUCAACACUGAGAGGAUGUUUUUCGGAUGA